AGCCCUUAGAAGACAGAGGAGUUCCUGGAGAAGCGGCUUCGAAGACAAAACGCGCCUCCCACUCUCGCUCGCUGUGUCUUUCUGUUUCUUACAUCGCUGCAAAUUCGUAUUCUAUAAUUUAUAGAACGGAAGCGUAAAGAACCAACCAGUAAUGGCGUAUCAGGGAGAUACCCUGAAGUCGACCUCCAUUAAUGGAGUGAAGGUGUACACAAUUUCAUCACAGAAUCGCUCCGCCGCCACUUGGCUCCCGCCCAAGAAGCAGAGAGCUCUUCGCAAGAAUAUAAAUUAUCAGCGGAGGAUGGAGUUGAUUCAAGAUUUAAGGUUUGAAACUGCGACUACCAAAAUCAAGGCAACUCCUGAUGGGGAGUUUGUUAUUGCAUCAGGAAUAUACCCACCACAAAUCAAAGUAUACGAGCUAAGGCAACUGUCUUUGAAAUUUGAAAGGCACUUCGACUCGGAGAUAAUUGAUUUUCAGAUAUUGGCCGAUGACUAUUCGAAGUUAGCUUUUUUAUGUUCCGACCGCUCUAUUUGUCUGCAUGCAAAAUAUGGAAAGCACCACACUUUACGGAUUCCAAGGAUGGGAAGGGAUAUUGAAUAUGAUUGCUGGUCCUGUGACUUGCUUUGUGCUGCCUCAUCUCCAGAGUUAUACAGAAUUAAUUUAGAGCAGGGGCGAUUUAUGUCCUCGCUUACCUCACAAUCAUCAGCCCUAAAUGUAGUUUGCCGAAGUAAGCUUCAUGGGCUAGUUGCUUGUGGUGGUGAGGAUGGUGUGGUUGAAUGUUUUGACAUGAGGAUGAGAUCUUCGGUCGGCAGAAUUAAUGCUGUUAGAACUGCUGGUGAUAUUGAUGAGGAGGUCACUGCACUAGAGUUUGAUGGGGAGGGAGGGUUCCUCAUGGGUGUUGGAAGUAGUGGGGGCAAGGUACUUCUGUAUGACUUGCGGUCCUCACAUCCUUUACGAGUUAAGGACCAUAUGUAUGGCAGUGCCAUAUUGGACAUCAAGUGGCAUCGGACACUUAAUUCUGAACGACCAAAGUUAAUUAGUACAGAUAGUCAUGUUGUUAGAAUAUGGGAUCCUGAGACGGGAGAUGGUAUGACCAGCAUUGAACCAGCAGCUGACAAUAAGAUAAAUGAUAUAUGUGUGUUUAAGGACAGUGGUUUGAUGCUGCUUGCUUUAGACAAUAGUCAGAUACCAUCUUUCUUUGUACCUGCACUGGGCCCUACUCCAAAGUGGUGUGCUUCUUUGGAAAAUCUAACGGAAGAGAUGGAGGAGGAUGCACAGGCCAUCAUUUAUGACAAUUUUAAAUUUUUAACAAAAGAAGAUCUGGAGAAAUUGAAUCUGACAAAUCUUGUGGGCACCAAUCUUCUUACAGCGGUCAUGCAUGGCUUCUUCAUCGAUAAUCGGUUGUAUAAGAAAGCCCUCGAACUGGCGAAUCCUUUUGAUUAUGAAAAGUACUUAGAGCAACGGAAAAAGGAAAAAUUGGAUGCUGAACGUGCGUCUCGAAUCACGAUAAAGAGGAAAUUGCCAAAGGUUAACCGGAUUCUUGCAGCUCGUAUUCUUGAAGAUGAGGAAAAAGAGAAUGAGAAGAAAGAGGGUGAUGACUUGGAAAUAAAGAAAAAGUCCAAGAAAAAGAAAGGACUUAGCAGUGAGGAUCUCAAAGACGAGCGAUUUACUGCAAUGUUUAAAAAUAAGGACUUUCAAAUUGAUGAGAAAUCGCAAGAGUAUAUAUCUUUACAUCCUGUGCCUGCCAAGACACAACCAUCUUUGGUGGAUGAACAUUUUGAACCUAUAGAAGAGGAUGAAGAUCAGAGUCUGAGUGAUUCUGAUGCAGAUGCUCUGUCAUCAGAAGAAGAGCCAGAAAAUGAUAAGAGGGUAGUGAAAAAGAAGUCCCGGGGUCCUAGAUUGUAUGAAGUCAAAGAUGAGAGGCAUGCAGAGGCAUUUUGGAACAGUGAGUCACUUGCAAAGGAGGAUUCUCUUCCUUUGGGGGAGAGAAUAGCACGUCUACAAGGUGAUCAGAGGGCUUCCGGUAUCUCCAAUAAUGUGAAGUUUGGACCAGGUGGAUCGCGAGAGAUUUCCUUUGCGACUAAAAGUUCAGCCAAGUACAGGGAGGAUGAGGAAGAUGAAGAACCAUAUCAUGGCAAGAGGGGUGUCCAAUCAUUAGGGUUGAAGCCAGAUAGAUCUGGCUUCGGGGGUCGGGGCCGUGGUGGUGGUCGGGGUCGUGGUGGUGGUCGAGGUCGUGGAGGUGGCCGUGGCCGUGGCCGUGGUGGGGGACAAAGUCGGGGAGGAAGUCGUGGGAGGGGCAGAAGAGGCCGUCACUGAACAUACUGGAAUGCUCAAAUAUCUAUUGGUCGCAUGUAGUUACGAUAUACAUGGUUCGUGAUCAGAAAACACCCACUCAUUUACAAAGCAGAGCCAGUCAUGGUUGCUCUGUUAAAAUUUUGUUUGUCAUCCCGUUUCAAGACCCAACUUUCUUUUCCUUUUCUUUUGUUCCUAUAUUUAUCUUUGGGUGAGGUAAGGAGAAGAUCUUCGGUGUUGAAGUUGAACCAACUAUAAUAGUUUAAUUUACUUGUUAAUGGUGCAUUUCUUCUACGUCUUGACGAUGAAUAACAACGUUUUUGUUAAUUAAUAUGGUAGCUGUACUUGAAUUGAGAAGUAUAGGGAACCUUUAUUUAGUGUUUCCUACUUGUGCU